UGGAGGCGUCCAAAAACUACAUAUACCCGCGAGCCAUCCUCCCAUCACUACCUUCUCCAUCUCUCUCACUCUCUCUUUUCCUUACCACCCCAGCUAGUCUUUCUUUAAUCCCGUCCGGUUGAUCCAGGCUUAUUCACUCUUUCAUCAUGCAUUUCGUUCAGACCUCCCUCGUGGCCGCCACCAUGGGCGCUGCGCUGGCCGCUGCUGUCCCUCUCGACAAGCGUUCUUGCACCUUCACCUCGGCCUCUGCCGCCAAGUCGGGCAAGUCCUCCUGCACGACUAUCACUCUGGAUAACAUCGAGGUCCCCGCUGGUGAGACCCUCGACCUGACUGACCUCAAGACCGGAACCACCGUCAUCUUCGAGGGCGAGACCACCUUCGGCUAUGAGGAGUGGGAGGGCCCCCUGAUCUCCAUGUCCGGUACCGAUAUCACCGUCAAGCAGGCCUCCGGCGCCAAGAUCAACUGCGACGGCUCCCGUUGGUGGGAUGGCAAGGGCAGCAACGGCGGCAAGACCAAGCCCAAGUUCUUCAAGGCCCACAAGCUCGAUGAGUCCAGCAUCACCGGCCUCAAGAUCUAUAACACCCCCGUCCAGGCCUUCAGCAUCGAGGCUGAGCACCUGACCAUCACCGAUGUGACCAUUGACAACUCCGCCGGUACCAGCAAGGGCCACAACACCGAUGCCUUCGACAUUGGUGAGAGUACCUACAUCACCAUCGACGGUGCCAUCGUCUACAACCAGGACGACUGCCUGGCCAUCAACUCGGGUGAGCACAUCACCUUCACCAACGGCUACUGCUCCGGCGGCCACGGUCUCUCCAUUGGCUCCGUCGGCGGCCGCAGCGACAACACCGUCAGCAGCGUGACCAUCUCCAACUCCAAGGUUGUCGACUCCCAGAAUGGUGUCCGCAUCAAGACCGUUUACGACGCCACCGGCACCGUUGAGAACGUCAAAUUCGAGGAUAUCACCCUUUCCGGCAUCACCGAUUAUGGCAUCGUUGUCGAGCAGGACUAUGAGAACGGUAGCCCCACCGGCACCCCCACCAACGGUGUCAAGGUUGAGGACAUCACCUUCGAGAAGGUCACCGGCACUGUUGAGAGCUCUGCCACCGAUAUCUACAUCCUCUGCGGCUCCGGCAGCUGCUCCGACUGGACCUGGAGCGGUGUUGACGUCACCGGCGGCAAGAAGAGCAGCAAGUGCAAGAACGUUCCCUCGGGUGCUUCUUGCAGCGACUAAAUGACUCGCUCGAUUCCACUGGUGUGUUUGUGAGGGAUGGUCUCUUUCUUGGCUCUGACCUGUUCGGGUCGUAUUAAUGUCUUUAAUUUUA